AUGGUGGCAUCUGGAGGAUUGCGCGCCAAGGGUGGUGCUGUGUUGGACGCUUUGUUCAAAUCUGCGAUGAUGAUGCUGGAGCGAGGGUGUGAGAAGCGUCCUUGCAGUAGCAAGUUCUUCGAUAGCGAGCUGGGAGCAGAGUUGAUGUUUUUGCUGGGCAGAGACAAAUGCAUGAAGCAGGUGGCAAGCAGGAGCCGAGAGACUCUGGAACAAAGUUGCCGUGCUGCCUUGUCAGCCCUCAACGUUCUUGGCAAGAGGGGGUUUCAGGUCAUCCUUGACGAGACCACUUGGGCACCGGUAUGGGAGGUGAUCGUGUCUUUGAGACCAGGACAUCGCCUAGGAUACAUUGGUGGGCACCACAGUGCAGACCCUGAUCAAGAUUUCUCCUUCGUGCCAGCUGGAAAUGGCAGCCUGCCAGAAGAUCGGCUUUCCAAGUUGUGUGUUCACUUUGCAGUCACACGAGUCGAUUCCAACUGUCAUGUUUAUGGAGUUGAUUUGCUACCCAGAGCUCCGAAGGCCGUGGCGAGUGACUCCACCAAUGGAGCAAAGCGAACCAUCGAGGAGUACGGCUUCUUGUUUGACGUGAUCCCCCGUGCGAAUGGAGUCCCGCCUGUGUCAGGGUCGUGGGAUGGCGGAGGAUCGAAUUUGCAUGUGAAUGGUUGCAUGCUUGGGCUAUUGUCUAGUGACACCAUGGCCAGCAUCCCUUUCUUCAAGCAUUGCAGCAAGAAGCCCAUCGAUACUAUCCCGUGCUGGAUCUACAAGGGGAUCCUGUAUGAGAACGAGCAUUGGGUCGGCGGGAACAAUGACUCAAACCACGUCUUCAAGCGCUUCACCCACCAUCUCUGUUGUGGAGUCAGGGUGGUGGAGUGGGGCUCUCUGGUGGUCAACCUCUCCUGUUUGGUCCGUGGCGGACUAUCGAUUCGAGCUCUGGCAGUGGAAGACAUUCAGUCAGAUGCUGACAUGGCACGGCGCUUGAAUUGCGGGUAUCUCUCUGAGGAUUGGAGCUGCUUUGGAACCAUGGUGGCCCAGUUUGCUGCGAGUUUACUGAUCAGUGCUUGGACAAGCAGUGACCAGUUUGGGUUUGAAGAGGCUACUUCCAACGCUCUGAUGGCCUACUACAUGGUCCUUCUUCAGACGCAGCAGUCCAUGGCCAAGUAUGGGAAAGAGUGGGAGAAACAUUUCCUGCCUUCACAAAAUGUGAGGGCUCUGCUGGACUUGGCCGGGCAUGCUGUCCUGGCAGCCCACUUCUGGCCACACGGCACACCAUGGCGACCCCGUUGCCGCCAAGAAGCGCCUAUAGAGAGGCAUUUUGGACAAGUGAAAAGCUUCAGCCGUGGAACACCAUCCUUGAAGGAUGGGGUCUACGGAUUGCAAAUGAUCCACUCAAAGCAACUACGGGACUCUGCAAUGUGGGAUGAGCAUGAGAGCCCAACAGUUACUGCUUUGACUGCGGAGAGGAUCUGGCAGAAGGAGCACUGCAUGAUGCCUGGCAAGCUGGUGGACUGGUGGUACCAGAAUGGCAAGGAUUUUGUCCGCAACCGCUUCAGCAAGAUGGAACAAAAUGAGGACCCAGAUGUGUUCUUUGAGGACGAUGUUCUGGAGACGGAGGAGGUUGAAGGUGAAGAAGAAGUCGCGAGCAAGAGUUGGCAGGACGUGGCUCAGCAAGAGUCUCCUCAGCGGGAUCCUGAUGAGGUCUUGGCGGUCUUGGAAGCGCGUCACGACAUGGUCAUCGAACUGCAGGACUUGCAGAAGGAGCUUGCCAAUCCAAAAGCCAGUUCACCUGCGCGGCAUGGGAACUUGCCAGAACAGAACUGCCGAGCCGAGCGUCAGAGACCUGCAGAACCAGCACCACCUGUGCAUGCCAAGAUCAAAGCGGGAAGCUUUGCACAGAUUCGUGCGGCAAUUGCGUCCAGUUCCAGCACGCCCAAGGAGCACUUUGAUGAGGAGCACGCCAAGUUUGGAACCGAAACAUCCUGCUUGAUGAGAUUGCGGGAUCUGUUUGGUCCACUGAAGGCCUUCAUCAACAAGGUCCGCAUUGCUGAGGGGUCGCCAACACAGGUAAAGGGCGCACGGCCCCAUGAAAACACCUACAACAUCAUGGUGUCCCAAGUCCACAGGGCGAAGCAGUUCUCAAGGUAUUCCGCAACUCGCGGAAGUCGCAUGAAUGGCUGGAUGCAGUCUCAGCAGGCUUUUGUCUCUUCCUUUUGCCCAAAAAGUUGCGACGAUGGUCCACUUCAGGCAUGUGAAGUUUUGCGUCCUGUCGGGGCAGAGCAGCCGCAGAUUCUGCUGUUGAAGAAGGACGAUGCUGGGCUUGUCAAAUUUAGAUUGCAUGUGGUUUUUGCAAUCUACAGAGGCAGUUUGGCCAGAGUCCAGGGUUGCCCGAGAAAACUCAAAGUGAGCAAGUGCCUUGGAAUGCCUGCCCCUGUGGAUUCCAUCUCGCGCAUCAUGGCGGUGGAGCUGAGCGAAGUCCCCGGUGAAAAGGGCAAGUAUGGAUGCUCAUCGCUUUCUCAUGCAAGACUGGUGACACCAAACGAAGAUGUUGCGUGCGAAGUGCCAGUUGAAAAUCAUGGGUCGCAGAAUGGGAGACUUUUCAUUGGGGUUCCUGUUGCCACACAGGAAUUGCUGGACAAAAUCCACAAGGGUGAGGUGAACCCUUUGUCCGUUUUUCUCCCCAAAAGGAGAAAGAAUACCGAAGAGCCAGAGAAACCAGAUGAGGCAAAGGAGGUGCGAGAGAAGUUUGUUGGUUUUGGGCCCAUGGAUUUUCCCAAGGGCAUGGCAGGUCAGAAAAAUUUGAAGUUGUUUUUCGAGAGGUUGGCCAGCGCGUAUGCCGACCCGAACUCCGGUUCCCUGCCAUUGCUCGAUGCACAGGGCAAUGUCAAGCUUGGGGGAGCUCUCCAUUCUUGGCCUUCAAUGUCUUCCCGGUGUGCCAUGUACUUUGAGUUCAUGGACGGAUCAGACAAGAACAAGAAGCAUAGCUGGA